AUGUUGACAUUCCGUAUUCUUCUUCUCUCCAUUCUUUUCAUGUCGAUGAUCCAAUCGGAUCCGAUUCAUAUGGAUAUGCAAAUUCGUUGUGAUCCGUCAAUCAAGAACUGGUGUGCUGAAUUCCUUGUCUAUGAAGUGGACACUAUUCCAUACUCCCACGACCAUCUCCUAUCACAGAAAUUCUGCUCUAAUCAGCCUGGAGUGCACUUCAAAUGGACUCAGCAAUUAGGUGGUGACACAAGUGCUCACUAUGAAAUCAACUACAUGCUUCAGCACAACUGCACGAUUAUGGGUUCCUUCCGUUGCGUGAAUGAAAACGAGAACGAAGUUCGCGUGAGCGUCGAUGGAGAGCAACAUGUGAAAUUCGAGGUGGCAGCAUUCAAUCGUGGAACUUAUGAGAGGUGUCCCUUCCAUGUGGUGGCUGAUAAAUGA